AGAACGAAUGGUGUCAUGGACCAAAGCAACCAGUCCAGUAUCACCGAAUUUCUCCUCUUGGGUCUUUCUGAGAGGCCAGAGCAGCAGCCUUUCCUACUUGGCACCUUCCUGGGCAUGUACCUGGUCACCGUGUUGGGGAACCUGCUCAUCAUUCUGGCCAUCGGCUCUGACCCUCACCUCCACACCCCCAUGUACUUCUUCCUGGCCAACCUCUCUUUUGCUGAUGCCUGUUUCUCUUCCACCACAGUCCCCAAGAUGCUGGUGAACAUCCAGACACAUAGUCAGACCAUACCGUAUGGGGGGUGUUUGGCCCAGAUGCACUUUUUCAUGACGUUUGGGGCACUGGAUGACUUCCUCUUGGGGGUGAUGGCCUAUGACCGCUAUGUGGCCAUCUGCAGGCCUCUUCGCUACUCCACACUCAUGAGUCCUGUUGUGUGCGUGCUCCUUCUUGUGACGUGCUGGGUCCUCACCAGCCUCGCUGCCCUCUUACACACUCUGCUUAUGGCUGGGCUUUCUUUCUGUGCAGGCAACACCAUCCGGCACUUCUUCUGUGACGUGGUCCCUCUGCUGCAGCUCUCCUGCUCAGACACCAGCACCAACCAGGUAGCCCUGUUCACUGUGGGCUCCCUGAUACUCACUGCCCCACUCUCCCUGAUCAUCUUGUCCUACGCACACAUCAUCUCCACCAUCCUCAGGGGCCCAGCUGCUUCUGGCAGGCAAAAGGCCUUCUCCACUUGUGGGUCCCACCUCACUGUUGUGUUCCUGUUUUACGGCGCAGCGAUCGGUGUCUAUCUGUGUCCUCCUGCACCACACUCCGCGGGUAAGGACAGGGUUGCAGCUGUAUUUUACACUGUGGUGACUCCAAUGCUGAACCCCUUCAUUUACAGCCUCAGGAACAAUGAUAUGAAGACAGCACUGAGGAAGCUUUUUGUGACUCAUACAUUGUCUUCUCAAGGGCUUUAA